GUCAUAUCAUGUACCCGUGUUUGUAUCGUGGUCCGUGGGUACAAAUAAAUAAAGUGGAUUUUCUCAUUUUGAUUUUUGUAUAUUAUUAUUGUGGGUAAUUUGUAAAUUAGUUGUUCGAUUUUCUAAGGGAUAUGCGUAAGAAAUAAAAGUUCUUCGAAAUCUAUCCUACUACGAAGGGAGGAUCUUCAACAUUAUCGAUCGACAAUUUGGCGUUAUGGCGCAUAUUGCUAAAACCACUGCUGAUCUGGAGGCCCAGAUGGAGGCCAUGCGCAAGAAGGGUGCAGAGAACCGUCUUGAGGAUGGUCGAUUUGUUGGAUUGGGAGAGGAAGGGGUGUUCGACGAAGAUAUCUACUCAGCUCCAGCAAAGAAAGGGAAAUUUGAAGGAUAUGUUACGUCGAUUGGUGGGCAAGAAGAGGAAGAUGACGACGAGGAAGAGAUGCGACCUGGUCUGGGAAGGCAAGCCGCAUACAAAGUGGCCCAGACAGCCAUCCGAGAGACAGCAGCCUCUGGACAGGAUGUGGAUCCUAUGGCGGAGCAUCGUCGAGCCAGAGUAAUUGAUCGCGAAAAUGACUAUCAGAAGCGUCGACAGCGUAUUCAGUUGUCUCCAGAUCGGCUUGAUCCUUUUGCGGACGGUGGGAAAACUCCGGAUGUGGCUUCCAGAACUUUCUCCCAUGUUAUGCGAGAACAGGGCGUGAAAAGGGAUACACAAGAAGUUCGCCAACAAUUGGCCGAGAAAGCGAAGGCUGGUGAGCUGCACUCGGUGGGCAAUGGAGAAGCUAAACCAGCAGCGAAAAAGCGAGCGAGAUGGGAUGUCGCUACACCGGAUGUCACUGCCGUCGCCAGCGUUUCUGGGAGCGAAGCCACCCCUCUUCAACCACCAAAAUGGGACUCUACGCCCUCCCAUGUCCCGGCUGGGUCGUCCACCCCAUCUGCCCCUUCUGGUGUUGCCCACUGGGCUGCCACUCCAGUUGCAGCCGCCGCACCGGCCCUGAAACGCAAUCGUUGGGAUGAAACGCCGCGCGCCACGAGUGGUGCCGAAACACCAGCGGCUGCUGGGUGGGCGGAAACUCCUCGAGCUGAUCGAACUCCCGGUGGCGGUCAGGAAACUCCCAGUGUAUCUAAACGGAAGUCGCGUUGGGAUGAAACGCCGCAGGCCACACCGUCGGCUAUGACACCCAUGAUGACUCCCAACAUGACGAUGGCGACGCCGUUCGGCGUGAAGGCCAUGGGAAUGGCGACACCGACUCCGGGACAUUUGAUGAAUAUGACCCCCGAACAGAUCCAGGCCUUCCGGUUCGAAAAGGAAAUGGACGACCGUAAUCGCUAUCUCACUGAUGAGGAGCUGGAUGCGCUGUUUCCGCCGGGAUACAAAGUCCUGCCUGCCCCGGCCGGUUAUCAGCCGAUUCGGACUCCAACCAGGAAACUGCUGGCAACACCAACGCCCAUGUCGGGAGUCGGAGGAUUCUUUAUGCAGACCGAAGCUGCUGCUAGUAGUAACAAGAAUAUUUUGAAUGCGCAACCACAGGAUCCAGAAUUACCUAUGUUGAAACCGGAAGACACGCAGUAUUUUGAUAAAUUGCUCCAGGAAGUGGAUGAAGAGAAUCUAUCACCGGAGGAACAAAAGGAACGUCAGAUUAUGAAAUUGCUUCUAAAAAUCAAGAACGGCACGCCGCCUAUGAGAAAAUCCGCUAUGCGUCAAAUUACCGAUAAAGCGCGCACCUUCGGGGCAGGAGCGCUUUUCAAUCAGAUUUUGCCGCUUCUGAUGUCUCCGACUCUAGAAGAUCAGGAGCGCCAUUUGCUGGUAAAAGUUAUUGAUCGCGUUUUGUACAAGCUCGAUGAUAUGGUCCGGCCGUAUGUUCAUAAAAUUCUGGUCGUCAUUGAACCGCUGUUAAUUGAUGAGGAUUAUUAUGCUCGCGUCGAAGGGCGAGAAAUUAUUUCGAACUUGGCCAAAGCGGCUGGACUGGCCACGAUGAUUUCGGUUAUGCGUCCAGAUAUUGAUAACAUCGAUGAAUACGUCCGUAACACGACAGCUCGGGCUUUUGCCGUUGUUGCAUCAGCGCUUGGUAUUCCUUCGUUAAUUCCUUUCCUGAAAGCAGUGUGUAAGAGCAAGAAGUCAUGGCAGGCACGGCACACUGGUAUCAAGAUUGUCCAGCAGAUCUCCAUUCUGAUGGGUUGUGCGGUAUUGCCCCAUUUGCGAAGUUUGGUCGAGAUCAUCGAACACGGAUUGGAGGAUGAGCAGCAAAAAGUACGAACUAUCACUGCGUUAUCCCUGGCAGCGUUGGCUGAGUCCGCUGCGCCAUACGGUAUCGAAUCGUUCGACAGCGUGUUGAAACCACUGUGGCAGGGUAUCCGAACGCAUCGCGGAAAAGGUUUGGCGGCAUUCUUGAAAGCCAUUGGGUUCCUCAUUCCUCUUAUGGACGCCGAAUAUGCUAGUUACUAUACUCGUGAAGUGAUGAUUAUUUUGAUUCGAGAAUUUUCGUCUCCCGAUGAGGAAAUGAAGAAAAUUGUAUUAAAAGUCGUCAAGCAGUGCUGUGGCACGGAAGGUGUGGAAGCUCAGUACAUUCGCGAUGAAAUCCUGCCGCAUUUUUUCAGGGCAUUCUGGAAUCAUCGAAUGGCAUUGGAUAAGCGAAAUUACAAGCAGCUUGUCGAGACGACGGUAGAAAUUGCCAAUAAAGUCGGUGCGUCGACAAUCAUUGCGAAAGUGGUGGAUGAUUUGAAGGAUGAAAAUGAACAAUACCGCAAAAUGGUGAUGGAAACCAUUGAGAAAGUUCUGGAAGCGUUGGGCUCCGCGGAUAUUGAUAACCGUCUGGAAGAGCAGCUGAUUGAUGGCAUAUUGUAUGCUUUUCAAGAGCAGACAACAGAAGAUGUGGUGAUGCUUAGCGGUUUUGGUAUGGUUGUUAAUUCACUGGGAAAGCGCUGCAAGCCAUAUUUGCCGCAAAUUUGUGGUACCAUCUUGUGGCGUUUAAACAACAAGGCAGCCAAAGUGCGACAGCAGGCGGCAGAUUUAAUUUCAAAGGUUGCCGGGGUCAUGAAAACUUGCAACGAAGAAAAGUUGAUGGGUCAUCUGGGUGUUGUUUUAUAUGAAUAUUUGGGUGAAGAAUAUCCCGAAGUAUUGGGUAGUAUUUUGGGCGCCCUGAAGGGUAUUGUAAAUGUAAUUGGAAUGACCAAGAUGACUCCGCCCAUAAAGGAUCUACUGCCACGAUUGACCCCCAUUUUGAAGAAUCGUCACGAAAAGGUCCAAGAGAACUGUAUUGAUCUCGUGGGACGUAUUGCCGAUCGAGGAGCUGAAUAUGUCAGUGCCCGGGAGUGGAUGCGGAUCUGCUUCGAAUUACUGGAGCUGCUGAAAGCUCACAAGAAGGCCAUUCGGCGAGCUACUGUCAACACGUUUGGAUACAUCGCAAAGGCCAUUGGACCGCAUGAUGUACUCGCAACUUUGUUGAACAACCUGAAGGUUCAGGAACGUCAGAAUCGUGUCUGUACAACCGUGGCUAUUGCCAUCGUGGCGGAAACGUGCUCCCCGUUUACUGUGUUGCCUGCGUUAAUGAAUGAGUAUCGUGUACCGGAGCUUAACGUGCAGAAUGGUGUUUUGAAGGCAUUGUCUUUCAUGUUUGAAUACAUUGGUGAAAUGGGGAAGGACUACAUUUAUGCUGUUACGCCGCUUUUGGAGGAUGCACUUAUGGACAGAGAUCUGGUGCACCGACAGACCGCCUGUUCAGCAGUUGGACACAUGGCUUUGGGAGUUUAUGGUUUUGGUUGUGAGGAUGCGUUGAACCAUUUGUUGAAUUUGGUAUGGCCGAAUAUCUUCGAAACAUCCCCGCAUAUGGCGCAAGCUUUUAUGGCUGCCGUGGAAGGCAUGCGUGUAUCACUGGGUCCACUCCGUCUGCUUCAGUACGUGCUGCAGGGGCUGUUUCAUCCUGCUCGUCGUGUCCGGGAAAACUAUUGGCGUGUUUACAACACGCUUUACAUCGGAGCACAAGACGCUAUGGUCGCCGCGUAUCCUAAGGUUCCGAACGAUGGUAACAGUGUGUAUGAACGGUGCGAGCUGGAUUAUGUGUUAUAGCACUUUUUUCAUAAAUUGUCUUGUGGCAUUUUGCAUCACUAAAAAUUUCAGUUUUAAUGUGUGCUUCUUAUUUCUACAUCGGAUCGGAAAUUCUUUAUUGAGUUAAUCAACGUUUUACCGAUAUUAUGAACAGUUCAUUCCUUGCUUUUCGUUGACCAUGAAUAAAAUGCGCUCGAUCUACAGAUAA